ACAAUAAUAAUCUAUAUGUUUUGAGGACAGUCUCAUUAAUCUGAUACUGUGAUGUAUGUGAACUGUCUGAUAUAUGUGAUGUACAUACUAAGAUGAAUUAGCAAGCAGAAUUUGGGUUUACUGCUGUUGUGCGUUAGGUUACCACAUUAGGAAAGGCAUAAAUGAUUGAUCUCUACUUUUAUGGAUCGAUUAAUUAGCUUGGAUAGAUUUAAAUCAAUUAAUUGAUUUUUAUCAAUCCAACCCUUCUAAAUGUUACCACUUAUUUUGUUGUCAAUAUGUAGACAGAUGUGUUUAAGGAUUUUAAGUUUGUUUCGAGGAAAUGUCUUAGUAGGACAGUCAACCUGAAAACUUUAACAACUGAAGAUAUGCAAUAAUCAUAUUGACUAACUUAAAAUUCGAGGUGGGGGUUAAAACUUGUCUUUUUCAGAUAUUUUCAGAUGUUUCCUUCUGUUUUCAACAAGCAUUAGAAAUAAAUGACCCUUUGUAAUAACAUCCUUGAAUAACACCAAACUGUACAUAUGUGUGCUUAACCUAAUGUGAAGAGAAAAAAAAGGCUUACCUUUCCAGAGAAUGCACACCGUCCCACAAUAUUUACUGGAAUUUAGAGAUUCUAAAGGAUUUCAAGUGACUCGUUCAAACCUGUCCGUAGUUUCGUCAUCGUAGGCGACAGUUCACAGUGACAGACACACCCUGCAAGGUUGUGGAUAAAAGAGCAAAGCCAAGUUGAUGUUCUGCAUCUGGUGAGUAGUUUCUCACAGGAGCAUCUUCGUCUUAGACCCAGGUAUGAAAUGAUUCUUCUGAAAAGUGCAGGCUUGUCAGUCAUUGAUGUUUUUUGUUUUUUCAGGACACAUCCACCUGUAAUUCAGAAAAUGGCUUUUCCGUAUGAAGUGACGAUCCACAUGAAAGACAGUUGGUCUUUCUCUAUGUACAGAUCACUGUACGUGACUCUGGUGGGCAAACAGGCGGAAAGUGAGAAAGCGAAAACCUCUACACCUUUUUAUCCUUUCAACAAAAAUGUGUUUAAAAUCACUGUGAACUGUCCUGAGGACAUUGGAGAGGUGUUGAUGAUAAAGAUUGAUGGCUAUUCUAACGGCCUCAUUCCAUACACUUGGCACCCUGAAAAGGUGGAGAUGAAGUCUCCCUCUGGGCUUGUCUACAUGUUCUGUGGCUAUCAAUGGAUCUCUGGCAACAACGUGUACUUGUUCAAAGAGGAAACAGCUCUGUUGAGCACAAAUUCUGAACUUCUUAAAGUGUGCAGUGAGGAAAUUGAGGAACGACGAAAGAUAUAUUGCUGGAGCACUUACAAAAGCAAAUGGCCAGAUUGCAUAGAUGCAGACUCAGCAGCAUCUCUACACCUUGGCCAGGGGUACCUCAUAACAAGAAUUCUCAAGCGUGAACUCAAAGUGCUUCUCACGGUGGGCUGGCUGGAAUUAACCAAAAGUAGAAACAUCGACAACUUCACGGAUAUGAGUCAAAUUAAAGAUCUCCACAAGCAUCACAUGACUCCAACAUCUGAGUACAUCAUGAACCACUGGAAGGAGGACGACUUCUUUGGCCGUCAGUUUCUGAACGGGGUCAACCCCAUGGUGAUCAAACGCAUCAAAGCUCUGCCUGGAAACUUUCCUGUCACUGAUGAAAUGGUCUCAUUAAAGCUGAGCUCUGAGAUGCAGAAGGGAAACAUAUUCCUGUGUGACUACAAGAUCCUGGACGGGGUGAGAACAAACACCAUCAAUGAGAAAAAGCAGUACUUGGCUGCUCCCCUGGUUCUGCUCCACAGGGAUGCUAACGAGAUGAAGCCCAUUGCCAUCCAGCUCAAGCAGAAACCAGGAGAAGACAAUCCCAUCUUUCUCCCCACUGACUUUGAAUUUGACUGGCUGCUGGCAAAGGCGUUUGUGAGAAGUGCAGAGUUCAACCUGCAUGAGAUCGACUAUCACCUGCUGCGCACUCACCUGCUGGCUGAAGUUUUUAUUGUUUCCCUGAACAGGAACCUCCCCGGUGUUCACCCCAUUUACAAGCUUCUCGUCCGCCACACAUUUGACACUCUGCAGAUCAACAAUGCGGCUCGAACUCUUCUUGUAUCAGAUAAUGGAGUUCUGACGAAGAAUUCAGCAGCAGGUAAAGACGGUAUCAACACCAUCGUUCAGAGAGCUCUCCAAUCAGUGACCUACGCUUCUCUCUGCUUUCCUGAUGACAUCAAGGAGAGAGAUCUGGAGGAUGUGCCAAACUUCUACUACAGAGAUGACGGACGCAAACUGUGGGACUGCAUGCACCAGUUUGUGAAUGACAUUCUUGGGCUCUAUUAUAAAAAUGAUGACUUGGUGAAGAACGACAAAGAACUGCAGAACUGGAUUAAAGAAACCUUUCAACAUGGAUGUUUUGACCAGGAAAAAUCUGGAAUCCCAAAAGAAAUCAUCUCGCUGGUUGACCUGGUCAAGUUUGUCACUAUGGUGAUGUUCACUUGCUCUGCACAGCAUGCAGCUGUGAACUUUGGUCAGUAUGACUUUUAUGGAUGGAUGCCAAAUUGCCCCGCCACAAUGCAGGUGGCCCCUCCCAUAGAAAAGGGGAAGAUCACAGAGGCUCAAUUCUUGAAUGCCUUACCUGAUUAUAAAACAGCAGUCCAAAGCAUGGAAACCGUUUUGGUGCUCAGCGCACCAACACCUGAUGAGAGAUACCUUCCUGACUUCGACUUGAAGGAUUUCACUGAGGACGCACCCCGCCAGAAGAUUGUAUUAUUCAAGCAGAAUCUUGCAGAGAUCAGUAACAUCAUCCAGACAGCAAACAGAAAGCUGCCCUUCACAUAUCCCUACCUGGAUCCAAAGCAUGUGGAAAACAGUAUAAGCAUUUAAUAUGGGAAUUGAUACUGGAGAGGGCAAAACUUUCAUCUCUUUGAAAAUCAGGUUCAAUCUUUUAUUUUCUUUCAAACCUUUUGACAUUUAUAUAUCAAAGACCAAGGCUGGCCUGUUCCAUUAUGAGUUUCCCCCCCUUCUUUUCUGUAACUCUUGAAGGAAAUAAAAUUCAUGACUUUCAAAAGAAUACAAUGUCGAAAUGCUUGCUUUGAUGGACAACCAAAACAUUCAGAUUGAUGACAAUGCAUCAUGAGUGACUGACGCCCACAAAUCUACACUUUAUCCUUUUUCUCAUAAAUAUUAAUGAUUAGCUGUAAUAUAUUGAAAUGAUCAGACUUCAUAAAUGUGUGAAAUAAAAAAAUAACGAAUGCAUCAA